AUGGUGGGACUGAGAAACCGCUCUUCAUGGGAACCACUGCUGCUCAAGGCCUCCUGCAUCAAGUCCUGCGCCAACGGCUGCUCCCUGGGCAUCACCGCUAACCUCACUUAUGCCAACGCUGACGUAGAGUCUGUAGAUGGGGUGUUCGUGUACCCUCUCGGGGAGAGGGAGGUUGUGGUGGACUUCGAGGCUUCCAUUGCGGGUCGACUGGUGGCCGUCCAGAUACAGAGCCGAGGGAAGCUGAAGGACUGCUGUUUGGAUUGCUGCCCUUCAUCUGGUCUUGAGGGCCACUGCGGGAAUGGCCGGGAGUGGGGCUGCUGUGGCGGCUCCAGCCACGACAUUCAGUGCACCAACGGGCAUCUCAUCCUGGACGAAGACCUUGAGAGAACCACCUUCAUCGUGGGCACAGGGCUCAUCGCCCCCAUGGAUAUAGUGUCCGUUAUCAUAAGCACCACACUCGAACUCCCCACGUUAGAAAAUGGAGCGAUCCACAUCGUCUACCCCUCAUUACUGACUCCUAUCGUCACUGGCCAGAUGACCCAGAGCAAGAGUGAAAUUGGGGGGAAAUUAGAAGAAACUGGAGCAACCAGCUGUUUUGGUGCCACCUCAGGAAAACAGGACCGGGUGCUGGACUCCGAGCAGCAGUGUGCCCACGCCAUCUUCACCAGUCCAGCUGCCAACCUGGCACCUUAUGAGCUCAACUUCCAGCUGCUUGUCAGAGGGGCCUGCCUGCUGGCCGGGCUGGAGAGCCCCACUCACGCUCUGAGGGCAGAUGCAGACCCCAGCGCCCAAAGUGCCUCAGCCACCUACAUCACCUUGGCUCAGAAGCAUCCAUAUGACAGACACAUAGAGAUCAUUCUGCACCUCAGUGAACCUCACAGCCCACUGGUCAUCUUAGAGAGAGGCAGACUCUCCUUCAGCCAGUAUGAGCAGCUGAUUUGUUCCCGUCGGGAUUUCAUCCGCUGCAUCCGCAAAGAUUCAGAGCCCGAGAGGAAGCUGGAGUUUGUGAGGAAGCGGCACCACAAGGACAUUCUGAGCAGCCCCGUCCUGAUGCUCAACUUCUGUCCUGACUUGCUGCGUGAACCUCUGGAGCUGCACAAGGCCACCAGAGAGCUGCUGUUCCUCGUGGACCGCAGCGGCAGCAUGAGUGGCACCAACAUCCAUCGUGUUAAGGAAGCCAUGGUGGUGGCACUGAAGAGUCUCCCCUCCGGCACCAUUCUCAACAUCGUGGGCUUUGGCACCAACAUCAAGCCCCUGUUCACCUCCAGCAAGCUCUGCACUGAUGUCACUCUCAUGCAGGCCUAUGAAUAUGUCCAAAGGAUGAGAGCCGACAUGCGAGGCACCAACCUCCUGGGGGCACUGUCCUGGGUGUACCAGCAGCCCAUGCAGCGCUCCUAUCCUCGCCAGGUCUUCAUCAUCACAGAUGGGUCCAUUGGUAAUGUGGCCAAAGUGCUGGAGCUGGUCCGCAGAAACACGUGUGCUGGCAGAUGCUUCGGCCUGGGCCUGGGUCCUCGAGCCUGCAGGCGACUCCUGCAGGGCGUCGCCAAGUUGUCAGGCGGCACCACGGAGUUCUUAGCUGAUGAGGAGAGACUCCAGCCCAAGUUUAUCAAGUCUCUGAAAAAGGCCUUCGAACCGGUGCUGACUGACGUUCGGAUUGACUGGUACCUGCCAGACAACAUGGAGGCCCUUCUUUCACCCAAUGAAAUCCCUCCACUCUACACUGGGAAUCGUCUCAUCGGAUAUUGCACCCUGUACGAUAUGACAGGUUUCAAAUUCAAAAAGACUGAGACUCAAGGACGAGGCUAUGAAAGUGUGCACCGAGGCUCCACUGGUUCGGUUUUCGGCCAAUCAAAUGAUGAGCACUCGCCUCCCUCGGCAUCCGAACUAAUGCCUGUGGUGACGUGUGCAGAAGGAGCCGACCUGGAGGAGGCACUGAGGGAGAUCUCCAGAGAAAUCUCCACUGAGUUCUCCUGUGCCAAAGACACAGACCCUGGCCCCAGCCCAGGUUUGGAGCUCAAAAGGUCCAGUGAUGUGAGGAGGAGGAUCCAGGACAGCUCUUACAUCCAGGAGCAGUACGUUCUCACUCGCUGCUCUCUCAGCAGUGAGCGUAGUCUACAGACACAGUCCCACUCAGCAGGGGCGGCGUUUCUGCCCGACCCUCAGUCCUCUGACUCCCUGCUGGACACAGGGUCUUUACCCCAAGGCCUUGAGAGGAUCCCGCCUCUGGAUAAGAGAUCGUCCUUGUCUCGGUGGGCCGACGCUGCAUGGCAACAAAACCUCUCCCUUGAAACCCCUGAUAAUGGAGCAAAGAAGACCGUGCGCCUGGAUGGGGGUGAGGAACCUCGUAGGAGACAAAAAGCUUUGGCUCGUUCAACUAUGGCGGCACGAAGUUUCUCGUCCCCCCAAGGCGAGCUGGAGAUGCAUCGCCUGAGGAGAGCUCUGGAGAGGGUCUCCUUCGACCAGACGCUGGGAGGGAGGCUGGACGAAAGUGACGGGGAGACGAAGCCCCCAUCAGGAGGGACACUGUCCCGCAGAAGCCUCACUGACUCCAAUGGACUCCUGUUCCCCGCCUCUCCUUUGGACUGGGACAGCUUCACAGAUCCGGAGUACCUCUUCUCUGCAGUUCACCUGGAGGACACACCUCCAGGUCAGUGCCGCUCGCUCAUUCACGGCAUGCUCGGCGGCAGGCCUGUGUCCUGGGAGGUCAGUGUUGACCUGGGGCACCUCUGGAACCCUGAGGGCCAGGAGACACCAGGAGGAGCUGAGGGAGAUGGAGGAGGAGGAGGGGAAGAAGAAAGAGGGGAAGAACCGUGGGAGGAGAUCAUUCACCAACUGACAGCUCGCUCAGUUAUAAGAGACUUUGAGAAGAUGGCAGAGAAGGAGAGCGACAGUGGACAUGGUUCAGCUAAGCGAUACCGUAUGAAGGCCAUCCAGACCAGCAAGAACUGUAACAUCAUCUGCAUGUACACAGCCUUCUCUACCACUGACAGCAACACCAACAAAGGCUUACCAGACAGCAUGGAUGUCAAAAACACAGGGAUGCAUUCGGGGAACAGGAGUUUGCAGUCAGAUAGCCACAGGCAGACCUAUUCUGUGGGUCUGGGCCGACGGCGUUCCAGUAGAGACAGUGAGGAGAUGGACGACAACUUGAACUCUACAGGGGGUAGCGGCCACUCUGCUACAGCCCCGGCAAUAUCAGGAACCUCGUGCACUCGCUCACAGCGAUCCAUAGAGAGCAAGUCAAUGGAAAGCUUCUUUGGAUCCAGGUUUCCCCUGGGCAGAUUCAGGUCCUCCAUCUCAUCAGGAAAGCAGGUCCCUCUCAAGUCUCACUGUUUGUCUGCAGAGACUGAGACGCCUGAAACUGCAGCACCGGACUACCUGCCCCUGGUGCAUCUGCAGCUGGCUUCAGGAGCUUUUCUGCUGACAGAGACCUACUCAGACUGUGUCCAGAUCCCCCUGGACCGCCUCAAAAGGGCUUCACCAUACAGCCUCCACCGCCGCAGCCUCAGCCCACCUUUCCGUUGUGCAUCUCCCAGUGCGCCGUCUUUAUCCACAUCUGCAAAGCCUCCGUCCAGUCACAAUGUUAGCUCCUCUCCUACCUACUGUGUCUUCGCCAAAACUGUACCUCCCUUCCACCACACUCCAGACGACAAUCCUCUGAUGCUGGAACCAAGGCUUCGCCGGAGACACCUGUCUGACCGAGACAAUGUCACCUCACACCCUGACCUCCCCAGCUUCGAGGAAGGCCUCUACCAGAGUCAGAGGUACGGCCAGGCCGAUAGCGGUCGCGGAUCAGAGACAGACGUAUAUGAGGGCUCUUCAGUAGAUCCAGCUGACCUCCAAGUGAGCUGCCAGUUGGCCUUAGAGGACGUGGAGGGCUCUAGCUGGGCCACAGCUGUUGCGCUCGCUUGGCUCGAACACCGCUGUGCCGGCUACUUCAUGGAGUGGGAGCUGGUGGCAGCAAAAGCAGACUUCUGGCUGCGCUGUCAGGCACUGCCUGAGGGAGUGGACCUGGCAGGCCUGAAGGGAGCUGCCAGACAGCUGUUCCUGCUGCUGCGCCACUGGGACGAGAACAUCAAACUGAACAUGCUGUGUUACAACCCCAACAACAUGUGA